ACAAUUGGUCCAGAUGAUUGUUUUAAUCUUGUGUUUCAGUCCAUUUUCUGUCAAUCUUGCGUUUUAAUUGCUUAUCAUAAAUAUUAUCAAUCUGCGACACACGAGGCCAUGAAUAUGACCAUUCGUUCUUCUCUCUGUACACCAGAUUGGUCUUCUGGAAUCCACUACUGCAGAGAGCUUUGAGAAAGUGGACUCAUGCAAACUUUCAGAGACAAAGUAGAUCUUGCAGCAGCUCCACUCAACUCAUUCCCCUACAACAUUGGAUAGGUAUUUUCUCCAGAUAUUAUAGGUGACAGUUGCAGAGUUUGAAGACAUGGAGGUUCUGCUCGACAAGCUCUUUGUGCCCAAGCUCGAAAGUGCUUUAUAUUGCAACCAGGGGCAUCAGGGCUCACGAUGCAAGUAUUCAAUUCUGUAUAUGGAUAAGGGCCACGAAUGUUUCAUCGACAUCAGGAGUGCACAUGCCUUUGUCUCAGGGAACCCGGCACCACAGCACGAACGUUUCAUCGACAUCAGGAGUGCACAUGCCUUUGUCUCAGGAAACCCGGCACCACGUGUUCAGCUUAAACUGCAACUGGACAACUCAAUCAAUAUCAUUUGGUUUAUCUGUGGCAAAUGGAUGAUCAUUGAUUCAUACCGUUCUACGUUUAAAGAGCAUGUUUUAUGUGGUGUGGUACCUUUGGUUCAAGACAGUGAAGAUAAAGGACAGGGAGGUCAGCUGCCAGACAACGUGUUUGGCAAGGAUGCAGUUGUUGAUCCGAAAUCAACCGUCGAACCUCUGCCUCUGCCAAAAGAUAAAAAAUGGGUGAUUUUUGGGACAAUCUACAUUCUUUUUAUCUAUUGA